CUUGACACAUGCCAGUAUGCAGGUGCACCUGAUUACGAUCACAUGGCAGCUGUUUUCACUUUAUGCAACCCGUGCUGCCUAACCGACGUUGAGUUCUAUGCUCUGAAGGUGCCCUAAUGACCUACAUCAUGCUUGAUGGGAAACGGCUUGCCCACUAUUUAGUCUCAAAUUAGGGCCGGUCAUGGAACAGCUUGUUGCUUUUAAGCUUUCGGACAAGCAUGAAAUUUGGGCCUCGGCCCUUCAGCGGAGGCAAACCUGGGAGACUUAAGAGCCUAAGGACAGCACACUACCCUAAAUUAAAGCGGAAUGAAGCAUUUCAGUGAACUGGAUGUUGGAAGGCUUUACACCUUCUUGUUCUUCGGCUUUUCAGUUCUCUGCAUCUGCCAGUCAGCGUCGCUAAGGCUACGAUCACAGCAGUUUAAUGUCAGCAUUGUGCUGCAACCUGCAACGGCAGAGGAUGCAGCGCGGUACUGUCUUACUGAGAGCUCGCUAUCUGGGCCGGGCAUCCUCGCGCCUUUGACGCUUGUUCUCUAUGUCCUACAAGAGCUCGUUACUACGAAUUCCGCACUUUUACAGUCGAGCCUCCGGCAGGACCCCGCGUCCUACAAGACAGGCGGCAGCAGUCUGUGGGUGUUGGACCCCUGGGGCAGCUGCCGCGCCAUCAUCCUGCCCUCCCGCCUGGCUGGCUACACGGGCGCGGUGGAGCUGUCGUGGGUGCCGUGCUCCUGGUCGCUGCAGUACGUGUGUAUGGAGUACGACACGGCGCUCAGCCUGUCAGCGGGGCUCACGCUCCCGCACAACCUCUACCGUACACCCAACCCGCCGCCGCUGCCGCCUGCCGUACCGCUCACCGCCGACCCGAGCAGCGGCCUGCCGUACAGCGGCCUGCCACCCGGGUACCGCCUGGUGACGUCAGGCGUCAAGCUGGGGUACGGCAGCCCCCCGGUUGGUGCCGUACGCUUCUCCGGGUUGGAUGCCUUCCUUCGGCUGGGCCCCGUGGUGAACAUCGUGGGCAGAUGGAAGCCCACGGGUCUGGACGCGCUGCGAGUGGUUGCCGCGGGCGACACCUCCAACGUGGUGGAGCUAGCAAUGGCCAACUCCGACCUGCCCGACUACUUUGGGGACUCCUCCGCGGCCGCCUCAUCCGGCAGCGCCCCCGUCUGGGCCGCCAACCCCAUGAGGCGGGAAACGGACGGCCUCAACAGCAGCAGCAGCAGCAGCGUCGGGAACAAUAGCGGGAACAGAGACAGCAGUAGCGGAAACAGCACGGAGGUAUUGCGUACGUCGUACAUCCGGCGUGUGGAGGGCUGCAGCAGCAACACAGCGGUGCACCGGCUGAUCCUGGUGAAUGCGGAGGGGGCGGCGGCGGCGCAGGGGGUGGUCCGCUGCAUCGCUAACUUUGGGGAGGAGGUAGCUCCCGGUGGCUUUUUGGCCGCGGUGGAGGGGUAUUACGUAAGCAGCGGCAGCAGCAGCACCGCACGUACCUCCUCCACCUCCAAUUCCUCCGCUUCAUCACCCGAUUCCUCCUCCUCAUCCUCAUCGCCAUCCUCGUCCCCCUCUCUCGCCACCACCUCCUCCACCACCCCGUCCUCCUCCUCCUCUUCCUCCUCAUCCUCAUCCACCCCAAGCAUCGUGCAGCUCUGGUUCGUCUGGGCGGUGCCGGAGAACUACACCACCGCCACCGACCCGGCGGGUCGGUCCGGUUUCGCGGUCGGCGGCGUGCAUUCCGUGGGUCCUCGUCUCACCCCGGUUGUGCCUCGGCCGCGGUGUGGGGAGGCGCGGUCGCUCAUUCCCGCGGGGGGCAGCAUCAAGGGAGCGGAGUGCGGGCAGUUCAGCAGCGAGUCGUAUGCCUGUCCGUCGUACAUGUGUUGUGGGGCGGCGAGGGGGAGGGUGGGGCUGUGCGGCACGGACCCCUCGUCAUGCCUGCUCUCCUCCUGCGACCCGCGGUUCGGUUUGUGCGGGGUUGUCCCCGCCGACACGCUGGAGGUCACCCCGCACGAGGGCAUUGCGGGGGUGGCUCCCGCACCCAGCCCGCUCUCCACCCCGCCGCCGUACGUGGUGGACGAUGGCAGUAGCACUAGCAGCAUCUACGGCAGCAGUAGCAGCAGUAGUGGCGGUAGCGGUAGUAGUGUGAGUACGUCGACUGUGCGGUGGGGCUCCUCUGCGUACGUGCUGGACAAGAGCAACACCUUCACGUACGCGGAUGCGGUGGAGCGAUGCAGGUCGCAGACCCUGAUGGGCCUCACCUGGCGCCUGGCGGGGCUCGCGGACGCCUUCGCCUUCGAGGUCUCCCUGCUGGCCCGCGCGCCCUUCCUGCAGCAGCUCAAUGCACGUGUUGCCUGGGUCCGCCCCCGCCCCGACAACACCCCUCCCGGCCUGGCCGCCCCCGGCUGCCUCACCGUGUCCUGGGCUGCGGACGCCGGCAGCGUGCAGCUGGUGCAGGUGCAGGCGGCGGACUGCGGAGGCACGGCGUCGGCGAUAUGCAAGGCGGAUUGGCCGGUGACACCGUCGGG